AUGAUCACAUCACAUGCCUUCUUUGUUAUGGCUACCUCGUUGAUGCAACCGUUCUCAGUGAAUGUUAUCACUGUUGUAAUUUGUCGUAGCUGUAUUUUGCAGCAUCUUAUCAAAAAUCCCAACUGCCCGGUGCCUGGCUGCAACAAGGUAACACUUCACAGCACCGAUCCAUUCAAAACCCUGAGAAGUGAUCGACAGUUGCAAGAGUUGAUCAACAAAGUUGUGCCUAAUUUGCUUGCAGAUGAACAAGAAAGAAGGAAUUACUUCUACCGAUCUCAAGGCCUGCUUAAUCCUGAAGAUUUGGGUGAAGACAAUCAGUCUGAGGAGACUACAAAUAUACAGCCGUCAAAUGUUAAAGCGUCUGCUUUACGUAGAGAAUUUAUUGAUAAAGUGUGUAUUGAGUUAAUACCACUAAACGAUAAAACUACUCCGGUCAGCGCUAGAUUUGUUCGUUGUCCAUCGGUGGCUACUAUCUUUCAGCUCCAAAAACUUGUAAAAUUAAUGCUUAAUGAUCAGAGUAUAAAGAAAGAGCGUCUUCCGCUGCAUUAUCAAAUUUACAAUCAUUCUGUUGCGGCUAAACAUGCAGAUGAUGCAGAGUCUUCAUUUCUUCCAGAAGAUGACGAUAACAUGGAUGUUUCGAAAUGA